GUACAGUUCAGCCAAAACCAUACAUAUAAAGGGCGAAACGAAACGGGCGAUCUCCCAAGGCUUGAAACCCUGCCUUCUUCCCGCCCCCACUACUCUCGCUCUCGCUCUCUUCAGGCACCAAUGGCGGUGGACAAGAGUAAGCUGGAAGAAGAAGCCAGUAUUCUUCGCUUCUACAAGAUUGUUCUCAGUUGGGAUUACCUUCGCCUUCUCAAACAAUCCGAUAAGAACAAAAGUCGGAGAAACGAUUCGGGGCUGAGUGAAGUGAAGGAUACGUACAAGGACGUGGAUGACUACCUUGCGACGUUUGAGCCCCUUCUGUUUGAAGAAGUUAAAGCUCAGAUCAUCCAAGGCAAAGAUGACGAAGAAAAAGCAGAAUGGAAGCUUGUGCUUACAAACAACUGUAGUGAGACUGAUGGGUUUCUAUCAUCAACGAUUAUACUUGAAGAUGUGCAGUCAGUGUCGCAGAAUGAUCUGUUACUGCUUUCGGAGAAGCAGUUUGGAGAGGGUAAAGAACUCCCAACAAAAUACGUGUUUGCACUGGUUGAGCACCGGCAUGAUAGUAGACUUCAAGUUACACUCAGAAUGAAUUUGAGCGGAGAAGUUCAAGGGAUAAAUGUUGAUGAAAUUGAACCUUGUCCAAGGCUGUUGAAUAUGCGUUCUCUUGUUUCUGAAGUAAAUAAACCACUGUACAUUCUAAAGAUUUGCAGUUUAUCAACUAUUGUUAGAGAAUAUGUUGCUCUACGCUCAGUUAGCUCCCUCCCAUUCAAGGAUUUAAUAUUAGCAGCUGCUGAAAACAAUAGCCUUGAAGAUCAGGCCUGGGAAAUUCCCAGAUCCCUCAUGGAAUAUAUUGAAAGUAAUCACAACAAAUCUCAGCUGGAUGCCAUUCGUGUAGGUCUUUCACGUAAAAGAUUUGUCCUAAUACAGGGUCCUCCUGGAACAGGAAAGACACAAACUAUUCUUGGGCUCCUUAGUGCUAUAUUACAUGCAACCCCUGCGAGAGUAAGCUCAAAGGGCAAAUUGUGCGGAAUAAAGCGUGGACCUGAAUUACCUCUUCAGGAAAAACACAACCACUGGGUGAAAGCAUCUCCAUGGUUACAUGGUAUUAAUCCCAGAGAUGCAAAGAUGCCUGAAAAUGGAGAUGAUGGGUUUUUUCCUACCACUGGCAAUGAGCUGAAACCAGAAGUAGUAAAUUCCAGUCGCAAAUAUCGGGUCCGUGUUCUAGUAUGUGCUCCAUCAAACUCUGCGCUUGAUGAGAUUGUGUUGCGACUUCUGAAUACUGGUAUCCGUGAUGAAAAAAACCGUGCAUACAACCCUAAAAUUGUGCGAAUUGGUCUUAGACCACAUCAUUCUGUCCAAACUGUCUCCAUGGAUUACCUUGUGGAACAAAAACUUGCUGGUAUGGAUUUUCAGACCAGUGAUAAGCAGAAACAUGGUGGGACAGGAAGGGAGAGAGACACUAUCCGUGCUUCAAUUCUGGAUCAAGCAGCGAUUGUUUUCUCGACUCUUAGCUUCAGCGGUUCAGUUCUUUUCAGUAAAUUAAAUCGAGGUUUUGAUGUUGUCAUAAUAGAUGAGGCUGCUCAAGCAGUGGAGCCAGCUACUCUUGUUCCUUUGGCCAAUGGAUGCAAGCAAGUAUAUCUGGUUGGCGAUCCAGUUCAAUUGCCAGCUACUGUAAUAUCUCCUCUUGCUGAGAAAUUUGGUUAUGGAAUGAGCUUAUUCAAAAGAUUCCAAAGGGCUGGUUAUCCAGUUAUGAUGCUGAAGACGCAAUAUCGCAUGCAUCCAGAGAUAAGAAUGUUCCCUUCGAGAGAAUUCUACGGUGGGGCACUGGAGGAUGGAUCUGAUGUUAAAGACCGGACUGAACGUUUAUGGCACCAGUAUCGCUGCUUUGGACCCUUUUGCUUCUUUGACAUACACGAGGGAAAGGAGUCCCAACCAUCCGGGAGUGGUUCUUGGGUAAAUGAAGAUGAGGUUGAUUUUGUUCUUAUCUUGUAUCAUAAAAUGGUGACCAGAUAUCCAGAGCUCAAGUCAAGUUCCCGGCUUGCAAUUAUAUCUCCGUAUAGACAUCAAGUCAAGCUAUUCCGUGAUCGCUUCAAGAAUACUUUUAGCGUUGAGUCAGACAAAAUAGUGGACAUCAAUACAAUUGAUGGUUUCCAGGGACGAGAGAAGGAUGUUGCAAUCUUUUCAUGUGUUAGGUCUAGCAAAGAUAAGGGCAUAGGGUUUGUGUCUGAUUUUCGCCGAAUGAAUGUUGGGAUAACCAGAGCAAGGUCUUCCGUUCUGGUGGUGGGUUCUGUAUCCACUCUAAAGAGAGAUAAGCACUGGAAAAGCCUAGUGGAGAGUGCCGAGCAGAGAAAUUCUCUAUUCAAGGUUUCCAAGCCGUACAAAGAGUUCUUCAGCGACGAGAGUCUCAAGUCCAUGGCUGCGAGUGAGGCUAAACCGGAACCGACAGGAGCUCCAUUAACUGAAACUGAAGUGGACAUUGAUGCACCUGCCUAUGGUAAUACCGGCGACGCAGACCAAGUGGCAAUGGAUGAUUAUGGCGAUGGGGACGGAGAUGGGUAUGAUGGAGGAGGCAUGGACGAAGACUAGACCCAGAUUUUAUGUCAAUAAUGGCAAUCAUCUGGGGCCGUCGGUUCUGAUUGAUCCUAAAUUUUCAAUCUGUCAACAUUCUUUGGAGUGGUCACGGUAGCGAACUGAGCUUACUUAUUUAUUCAAACAAGCAAGCAAGUAUAGAUCUAGGCUAGCCAAUAGCAGUUGUUACAUACGUAUGUAACUUAUUUGAGUUUAUUGACUAUGAAUGGAAUCAUUGUUUUGAUGGGCAA